CUCCGGAUUGAAGACCCUCUCCGGCCGGUGUCGCGCGGCGAAGACAGAAGCCCGCAAAGCCCCUAUUUUCCACCACCACCGCCACCACCACCACCGCCGCUCAGUCACCGGCUCCGGGUGCAGACCAGUCUACCGAAUUUAUCCCAGUACGGGUUAAAGUCUCCCAGUCUGAGCCCACGCCCAACAACUCCCACACCCGUUAGCGCCGCUGCGACAUUCGGGCCGGGUGUGACCCCCGGACCUAACUCUGGUGCAGAGUCAAAACCAUUCUGGCAAAACGCCCUUUCAGAAGCCCGUUAUUUCGCCGGUGGCUUGAUCCCACCGCCAACCGAGUCAACAAAGCACUACACCAUUUUGCGACACUCCUCACCACUCAUCUUUUAUCGUGGCCCCAGCACCUCAGUUGAGAUAUCCAUCUUCAGCGCCCCAGACUAUCCCCUCCCACCAGAUCGCUCAAUAUGGCUUCAACAACGCGGCUUCUCCGGCGACAGCGGCAUGAAGAUCAAAGCCUUCUUCGGCUCCACAGACGACUGGUUCAACGUCACCCCUUCCGUCGCCGUCCAGCCAGACGAAGUCGAGCGUGACACCGAGCGCGGCUGGAAGAGAGACAUGGACAAAGCCGCCAGAAAGAUGCUCAAAGAUAAAGGCCCCAAAAAAGCCCACAUCCCCCGCGAAACCCACGUGGUCCGCAUUCCUGAAGCCUCGGACGACGGUUACUUUCGUCUUCACCUCUGCGCCGGUGGCCCCCCUGAUGGUCAGGCAGACGAAACCAGCUCCUCCUCAAAACGCAAAAUCCUCUGCUCCUCCCCCAUCUUCCGCGUAGCCAGCACCUCAACCGACUCG